AUGAGCGCGGAGCAAGGCGCGGAUCCGCCGCGCGUGGCCGAGCGCCAUACUACAUGGCGGUGCGACGAUGAAUUGACGCCCCGCGCUAUCCUGAUGGGGGUCGUGGUCGGAGGGCUGAUCACCUUUACCAAUCUUUAUCUCGGCCUGCAGUCGGGAUGGAUCAGCACCAUGACGCUACAAGGCAGCUUGUUGGGCUACGCCCUCUUUAAGCUCAUACCGAUGUCGAUCGAAGUGGGGGGCUACCGCAUCGUGCUCAUGUCCACGCCGCUGACCAUGAAAGAGAACGUGGUGAUUCAGACGGUCGCAAGCGCCAUCGGCUCGCUGCCCCUCGUCUCGGGCGCGAUCGGCGUGCUCCCGGCGCUGGGCCUGCUCGACGAGGAGCAGGACGGCGUCGGCCCGCUCAUUUUCUCGCAGGUGUCGCUCUGGCUCUGGACCUUUGGCCUGGCCUUCGCCGGCAUUUUCUUCGCAAGCCCGCUGCGCGAGCCGAUGAUUUUGCAGGAGAAAUUGCCGUUUCCCAGCGGGUCGGCGACGGCGCAGCUCGUGUCGCUGCUGCACCGCACGCCCCUCAAACGCAAUCCGAUCCCGGUAUCGGAGCCCGUGCAAGGGACCGAAGAGGGCUCGGGCGUCGCACUCCCGUCGGACGUAAGCAACGACGAGGUCAAGCGGAGCUGGGCCGUGCUCAUCGGCUCGCUCGCUCUUUCUUGCACCGUGACACUCGCAUCCUUUUUUGUGCCGGUGCUCUACGCAUUGCCAGUCUUUGAUCUGCUCUCGCCGCCGGGCGACUCGCUCACGCGCUGGGGCUGGUGGUUUACGCCGUCCUUUAGUUAUAUCGGCCAGGGGAUGAUUAUGGGCCUCCCGACCUCGGUGCACAUGGUGCUCGGCGCAUUGGUCGGCUGGGGCAUUCUUUCGCCACUCGCGCACCACUUUCACUGGACGCAGGGCGAGCCGCUCGACCCAGAGGAUGGCGGCCGCGGUUGGAUCCUCUGGGUUUCGCUCGCGGUGAUGUGUGCAGAAAGCAUUAUCGGCGUCGUGACGCUCAUCAUCUCGUCCGGCACGCGUGACUUUACCGACUGGUGGAGCGGCGCGGAGCAGCGCGCCGGCGAGCGCGAGCGUCUGAUGAACGACGCGAACGCGUCGGAUGUCACGCUGCCCGAGGACGACGACGAGCCGCCGCACCGCAAGACGCCCAUGAGCUGGGUCGUGGGCGGCCUGAUUAUUUCGAGCAUUGUCGGCGUGAUUGCCGUCGCCGGCGCCGUUGGCUCGCACAUUGCGGCGUGGGCAACGUUUGUCGCGUUCAUUCUCGCGAGUCUCUUUUCCGUGCUCGCCGUGCGCGCCCUCGGCGAGACCGACUUGAAUCCGGUGAGCGGCGUGGCAAAGAUCAGCCAGCUGCUCUACGGCGCACUGCAGCCUGGCAACGUGGUGGCGAACCUGAUUGCGGGUGCCAUUGCCGAGUCUGGCGCGAUGCAGGCCGGUGAGCUGAUGCAGGACUACAAGACGGGCCACCUAGUUGGCGUCGCGCCCUGGAACCAGUUCCGUGGCCAGCUGCUGGGUAGCCUGCUCGGCAUUGCCUUUACCGUCUUUGGCUACUCGAUCUAUCGCUCGACGUACCCCAUCCCCGGCCCCCAGUUUCCCGCACCGACGGCGACGAUCUGGCUGAAUCUCGCACGUCUGAUCAACCAAGGCACGCUGCCGAGCACCGUGCCGACCUUUAUGAUUCUCUUCUUUGUGCUCUUUGGUGUGACGGGCAUUCUGCAUGCGAUCGCGCGCAGCCGGCGCCUGCGCCGCGAGCGUUCCCCCCGGCGGCGGCACGAGCCCGCGGCGAUCUGGGAGCACUGCGCGCUGGCGUUCCCCAGCGGCAUUGCCUUUGCGACCGGCAUCAUGAACACGCCCAACUUUUCGCUUGCGCGCCUACUGGGCGGCAUCGGCGCUGCGUGGUACGCACGCUACGUGCAGCGCAAAAAAGUGUCUAACGAGCUAGGCCAGCUGCUGGUGAUUGUCGUCGCGUCGGGCUUUGUGCUCGGCGAGGGCUUUGCCAGCAUCGCGGGGCUGAUGCUCACGAGCAACAACGCGCAGCCGCUCACGUGCUAUGGGUGUCGAUAUGGAUGUGCCGGAGGCUGUUAA